GAAUAACUCAGCACGUACAGAGCUUGCACAGCAGCCUAAAUCACAGCAGCGUAUAUAUCCCAGAGCACAACAUUAAAGUGAAGCUACUUCUUUUCUAUUUGUCUGCUGACCUUCAGCACACUGUUUUCUGAAGCAUAGACUUGCAUUUUUUUGGAUGGAAUCAAGUUAUAAAUUGAGUUUGUCGUAAAAUCAGAGGUUGUAGUCAGCAACAGAUGAAGAAGUGGACUCGUCAAAUGGGUAACCUCUUCUUACUUACAAUCCAUUGACCUUGUCCGUAUAACAGAACACAGAAGGAGAAUCUGUGCUGUUUCCAAAUUAUUUGAGCCAGGAUUUGGAAAAGCUGCUUUGAUUGUCGUCCGGGUCCCUUCCUCAGAGGAAACACAUCCUGUUAAUGUUUGAAUGUGAAGUCGGACUACUGAAUAUUUGUUGCAGCCAGCAACGCCCAAAGACUCACCAACACAGUUAGAAAAACAACAGUUUCCUCCUAACUUUCAGAGUCGUUUUCUUUUUGGUAUCUUAUCAGUAUGUCAGGAUUGUGUCACUCCCAAAGCAUGGAGUCUAUUUCAACAAGAUGCUCAAUUUUUGCUUAACUGUUUAAUGUACAGCAUGGUGCUUUGCUGUGAUUGUUAAUAUUUUGAUUUAAGCUGAAGGCAAUCUCAACAAACAUUACACAAAACUGCCUUGGACAGCAAGUUGAUCUGCUUUUCAACAAACUGACAAAAAGGUGUACAGACCCAGGAGAUCACUCAUUCGCCUCCACCAGCUUUACUCAAAGAUCUUCACUUCGAGCAUCAACAAAACUUCAACAAAAGGGAUGGACCUGCAUGCACGGCAGCUUAUCACCGCUGCGUCUCCAGUCAAGAAGGCGCAAGAGGGCGGAUAAACCACGUUCACUUGCACCCAACUUAAGCACCUAAAGUAUUUUCAAAAUCUGAGACAUCCUUAUUGAGGAUACUGGUCGACACGAGAAUGAAUGCUCAGCUUCUCUAGCAACUCUUAGACAGCUCUAGAUGCUCCUUAAUGUCUAAUUCAUGUGUGAUUUGUGUAGAAAUAAAAAAGCUUCCUUGUGUUCACUUGGCAACUAGAGCUGUCUUGGAGUUGAGGAAAAGCAGCUGGGUAUGACUGUCCAAAAGCUGGUGGCUACUGCUGUAGCAGUGGCUCUUCUGUCUCUGAUUCUCAACAAUGCAGCAGCAUUCACUCCAAACUGGGUGUAUCAGGCCCUGGAGGAUGGAAGAAAGCGCAGUGUAGGAUUGUGGAAGAUGUGUUAUGGGAUCGAUAAAGGCAAAGGGCCAACAAGGCAUGAACAGACUUUGGAGCGUGACUGUGAGAAUUUAAACUGGGGAUCAGAGCAUGCUGGAUUUCAAGAAUCUCGGAACACCGUGAAACUUCAGUUUGACAUGAUGCGAGCCUGUAACCUGAUUGCCACAGUGGCUCUGACUGUUGGCCAGCUCAUCUUCCUCCUCGGACUGAUGGAACUGCCACUCAUUACUCAGGAUUCUCAGUGGUGGGAAGAGGCCAUAGCUGCUCUGUUUCAGCUGUCCAGUUUUGUGUUGGUGAUUGGACUGGUGACAUUCUAUCGAAUUGGUCCUUAUACUCAUCUCUCUUGGUCAUGCUACCUGGACAUUGGAGCUUGUCUCUUCUCAACACUUUCAGCAGCUAUGUUAAUCUGGAACAUAUUACACCGGCGAGAGGACUGCAUGACACCCCGUGUUAUUGUUAUUCGUCACUCAAGGCCCCGUUUUGAAAAUGACUACGUGGAGUCGCCGUGCUGAAGUGAAAUUGAGGACAGAAAAGGAGAGUAUUUGCACGUGUUUGAGAACUGCAGGAUCUCUGCUUGCUCAUGAACUAACUAAAUCUCUGCCCGACAGUCAAAAUAAGGGGAAGGUUGGAUGAGGUAGAUGCACCGCUGGGGAGGGAGAAAGCAAGGGUUGGAAUUUGAAAACAUUAUCAAUUUUGAUUUGGGUCACCAGUACAAUUUCUGAGGAACCAAGCAAAUCAUCGAUUAAAUACACCACAUUAGAAUAUUACAGCAUAGUAUAAACACAGGAGAACUAAUUCAGCACCAGGAGGGAACAAAUGUGCCUCAAGUAUCUGAGGGGCUCCACUAAAUUCAAAGGCACUUCCCGUAAUCCAACUGCAAAUAGCUUAAGAUCCUGACUGGUUGACAAAUUGCUGGCAAGAUGCAGUGUCAAGGACAUUGAGUACCUUGGUGACGAGGGCUUGUCAGUUCUAGGCCAGGACAUUAGGUCGAGCAACAUCGUGAAAAAGGAAUAAUUCUCUUACUUCUCUCCCCCGCCACUAAGUUCAAACACCUGCUCCCAAGUGUCAAGACUUUAUUAUGGAUAACCAGGUAUCAAGAUUGAUAAAUAUUUAAAGGAAUAGUACUCAACAGUUGAACAAUCUAGACUUUAAUUUAAAUCAGCUAAUUAGAUAGGACACAAUAUAUGUAUUCUUUAGCAUUAGAAUGACUAGAACCACAUGUUAUUUGCAUCUGACAUUCGUGAAAUCAGAAUGUAAUCAGACAAAUACAUCAGAUACAUCAGAACAGAAGUAGGCCAUUCAGCCUGUCAAACCUGCCCCACCAUUAAAUACAAGCAUGGCUUGAUUGUUUCAAUGCCUUUUACUCAUACAUUCCCAAAACUCUUGAUGCCAUUGGUAACCAGAAAUUUAUCAAUCAUUUCUACUUUAAACAGACUGAAAUUUCACAGCCCUCUAAGCGUACAGAAUUCCAGAAAUUUAUAACCCUCUGAAUAAAAAGAAUUCCUCCUUAUCUCAGUUCUAAAUUGCAUUCUCCUUAUUUUAAAAUGGUGCCUCCUGGUUCUAGACUAACCAGCCAGGAAAAAAACAUCUUAUCUAGAUCUACUCUGUAUACCCCUUUCAGUAUUUUGUAGGUUUCAAGGAGAGCACCUCUCAUUCAUCAAGCUUCUUGAGAAUAAAGCCCAGUGUUUGCCCAAUGUCUUUUAAUAAGGCAGUCCACCAUCCUGGAACCAAGUGUGGUGAUUCUUUACUCCAGUCUCUCUAUGGCAACAAUAUCAUUCCUGAGGUAAUAUGACCUCAGUUGGCUGGAUGGCAGACUGAUGCCAACAGUGUGGGUUCAAUUCCUGCACCAGUGAGGUUACCAUGAAGGACCCUCCUUAUCAAACUCUUUCCUCACCUAAGGUAUGGUGACUACUAUCAGUUGUCUCUCUCUAAAGACAGCACUAUUGUCCAGUAGGACUAUGGCGACUUUACCUUUAAUAAUAGAUUCUUGCAAUUUCCCUACUACUGGUGUUAAGCUAACAAGUCCUAGUUCCUCAUUUUCUCUCUUGCUCCCUUCUUAAAGAAUGGGAUGACGUUUGCUAGCUUCCAAAUUACAGGAAUCAUUCCAGUAUUUGAACUCUGGAAUGGACAGGCAGACUUACAGAUCAGAAGAUUCAACAAAUUAAAGUAAAAUUUUAACAGCAAUAUUUAACAUGAAUGGCUAUCCUAAAAACAUAACUGGAAUUCAUAGCAGUUGGGUGGAGUUAAAAUGAAGAUGGAUUUAACCAAUGGGUCUUUUUAAGAAAACACUUCCGUAAUUCAGUACUUUCAGUUGCUUUUUCAAAGUGCACUGUCAAUGUAAAAUAUUAAAAUAAAUGGUAAGAGCACUGCUUGAGUUGGAAACUCAUCCUUGCAGUCUUCUAUUGUCCUUUACCAUAGCUAUCUUCAUGUGCAAUCAAUGUUUCUGCACCAUACUGGAGUGGGUUUUCCAGGGAUAGGGGACAUACAGCUGGCCACUGGACAUGUUAGGUGUUGUGAGGUUUUCUAUAUCUGCCUUAGUAAGAUAUUUAUUAUGGUUCUAUUGCACCCCUGGCACAAGUUGAUCUUUAGUUCAGGUUUUGGGUCAGGAAGUAAGGCAGGAAACCUGGUCACGAAAACAGGACAGAGAAGUCACUGUCAGGAUCUUCUGGCUACUUACUGUUGCGCUAAAUGAAGGCUUCCUGCCCAUCCCAGGCCUGAUAUCCCUGAAGGCAAGAGAUUUAACAGGCAAUGGCCUGCCUCUCUCCAGCCCCUCAGUCAGAGAGGUGGGUGGGGGACCAAGUGUUGUCUGUUUUGAAUAUACCAUAUAAAAAUCUGUAGAGAAGUGAGACAAGAGCAUCCCUUCAUACUUUGCUUCUAUGAGAACAGUUGGUCUGAGCAACUCCAAUCUGUAUCUUUGGGAAAGUCCCAUACAUUUCAGGACAACAUAAAAGGGUGGGGAAUUCAAUGUCACAGAAGUCCCUGAUCUUAGCGAUUGGGAAACACAUGUUCCUUUGAGCUUAUUUCAGGACAACCAGGCCCAUUACUCUCAAUAAAUGUGAUCAUAAAAGGUGGACUGAGAAAGCAUAUGCCCAGAUGUGGAAUAUAAUUUUACUGUUUCAGUUCCGUGUUGUUUCAAAUACUGGAAGCAACAUCAGUGGAAUUGUUGCUCUAUUUCCUGCCUGUGAAAUCUGAAAUCAUUGGUUCGGUGGUGAACCUAGAAUCCACAUUCUUAUUGUUACCAAUCUGCUGAAUAAACUACACUCUAGAGUAAGAAAAAGAAAUCACACAAACCAGAUGAAUUCAAUGUGUGUAAUAGUGUUCAUUCACAACUUCAAUUUGAGACCAUCACUACCUGUACCAGACCUAUUAGUUCUAGUACUUCUCAAAUAUUACAUUUUAAAAGUGGUUUGUCCAGGCAUAUGGAUUAAAACAAAAUUUGUAAAUGUAAUUCGGGGUAUUUUGCACAAUUUGAGUGAAUAGAAUGUGAAAUUUUAACAAAAUAACAUCCAUUAUGUCUUACAGUUUGUUACAACACUUCUACAGUAUGCCACUCAACUCAACUGACUGAACACUGAACACUAAUCAAAUUCAUACCAAUGAAUGGUAGGUUGGAGGGUUCAGCUUCAGCUGGAUGCUCGACACACAACAUACAGAUGCUAGCUAUUUAAGCUGCUAAGGUAUUAAAGCAAUAUAUUCAAAAAAGAAGUAUAAGAUUGAAAGCUCAAUACAUAUUUCAGCAAACAGGGCUGUUUUCAAUUGCAGCAAAACUGCUCAAGAUUAACCAAAACACUUGAAAAUAACUCAACAUUCAGUUUUAACUGGGUUAUUCUAAUUCCUAAACUAGUAACAUUUAACUUUUUUUGUAAUGUUCCACUUUGCAGCUGUUUCUUAGUUCCACAUUUUGUACUGCAUAAAAAUACUUUUUAAUUUGUCAGUAGAAGGCACACACAUUUUUACAGAUAUUCUCACACACAAAAUGACACAUAUUAUUAUGAUAUUAUCUCAAGAACAAAAUACCAAUAAUCACUGAAGUUGGUGGUGAUCCACUUUCCAUAAAUAUCUGAGGCCAGAAUAGGAAGAGUUUCAGGAUUUUGACUCAGUAAUUAUAAAUUUGAAACAACAAGUCAGAAUGGUGUGUGAUUUGUAGGGAUAAUUAUCCAGUCACCACCUGUGGGUUGUGCUACAAAUCACAUACCAUUCUAACUUGACUAUGUCUCAACUUCACAACUGCUGGGUCAAAAUCCUGAAACUUUUUCUAACUUGGACUCAGCUGUUUAGAGCAAAUUGAUUACCACGACCACUUUCUCAAAAGCAAUUAAGAAUAGCCAAUAAUUACUGGCCUUGCCAGAGACAUUUGCAUCUCAUAAGUGAAUUUUAAAAAAGAAACAUUAACAUGGAGCAAAAAUAUUGAAAACAACCACAUGGAAGUGCUCUGGCUAUUAUAUAGGAGGUACCAUCCCGGUAACACAUCAGCAGAUACUCAUCUAGCUCCUUUUCACCAAAAAACAAAUCCAACUGAGUCAUGUUUAUAUACACAGUUAAUGUGUGAACUCUUCCAAGCACAGUAUUUGCACACUCUAAAGCUAUACAGUGAGAUAUCUGAUCAACCCAAACCAAACCAGCAUCUACCCAGAGCGCUGUUCUCUGCAAUGAUUACUCUUACUGUUUUGCUAUGUUAACUAAAAACCUAAAUAUAUUGUAGCUAAAUUGUAGAGUGGGGAGAGGCAACAGAGGUCAAGUUGGCUCUUGGGAACUACGUUUAAAUCUAUUAUCAAGUUAAUUGCAUGUACUGGACAAUAAAUGACAUAGAUGUAAGAAUAAAAUUGUAAGUAUAUCUGUUACACAAACUCUGUUAUUUCACAUGCUGAUUUUUUUCAAGUGCAGUUACAGUGUGUUUUGUGCAAUUCUGGUACAGGACAGCUGUUACUGAAGUAUUUAAGAAAGCAGAACACUUUUGGUUGUCAUUGCUGUAACACAUGAGUUUCUCCUGUGCAUUUAAUUUAAAGCCCAAAUAUUUCCUUAAAUAAAAUUCACAUGAUCAAGUUAA